AUGCAAGGAUUUAAGAAUAUUCCAAUUAGAUAUAGGCAUAUGCAUCCUAUUGUUGAAAAUGGCCACACCUUAUAUAGUAUUGAAGGUGAAUUUACAAAAGUAUUAGCAACAGAAGAGUGGAGGGUGUCACGAGUUAACCAAAAUUACACAGUAUGCCCAAGUUAUGCAAAGGCUGUAGUGGUACCAAAGAGUAUUGAUGAUGAGACCUUGGCCGCGGCUGCCUCGUUCCGACAAGGAGGACGAUUUCCUGUUCUUUCCUAUAGACAUAAUAACAGUGCAGCUGUCCUCCUACGCGCCGGUCAACCCUUAUAUGGAUCGAAACACAGGAGAUGUCGACCGGACGAGGCGAUAUUGAAUUCCGUCGUAAACGUUGGAAUGAAGGGCGUCAUCUACGACCUGCGCAGUUCCAGCGCUAUCUCGCAACAGCAGAACAAAGGUGGUGGAUCUGAGAGUCCUGCAAAUUAUUCUCAAUGGAAGAUUUACAACAGGUCGAUGGACGACGUGGACAAUCAACAGCAGCUGUUGGAGAGCUUCUCCAAACUAAUCGAAGCGUGUGUUGACCGCGACAUAUCGAGCGACAAGUGGAUCUCGAAACUGGAGGCGUGCGGAUGGCCGGAGUCAGUGAGGAACUCUUUACACACGGCCUGCAUCGUGGCACAGCACUUGCAUCAGAAAGCGGAGCCGGUUCUAAUUCACGGGACCCGGGGUGAGGACGCCACGCUGUUGAUCUGCUCCUUGGUGCAGAUAAUACUCAACCCCGACUGUAGGACUAUAAGGGGGUUGCAGGCGCUGGUGGAGCGCGAGUGGCUGCAGGCUGGCCACCCGUUCGGCACGCGGCUGAGGGGCGGCGCGCACUGCGGCCCCGCCCCGCCCCGCGCCGCCCCCACCUUCCCCCUGUUCCUCGACUGCGUGCGCCAGUUCCUCGAGCAGUUCCCCUGCAGCUUCGAGUACAGGCAGUCGUUCCUCGUCACGCUGUUCGAGCACGCGUACGCCAGCCAGUUCGGUACGUUCCUGUGCGACAGCGAGCAGGAGAGGGCGACGCGGGGCGUGUUUGAGCAGACCACCAGCGUGUGGUCGUGGCUGAACCAGCCCGAGGAGCUGAGCUCGUACAUCAACCCGCUAUACGAGCCCACGCCCAACGUGAUCUGGCCCUCUGUAGCGCCGAUGAGCUUCGUGCUGUGGGAAGAAUUAUACCUGCGCUGGCUGAUUAAGCAGGGCACAGAAGAGAGGGAGGAGCAGUACAGGGCGAUACGCAGCCGCGAGCAACAGCUACGGACGCAGGCGCAGCAGAUGCGGCGCGAAUUGUUCGACCUCGCGCAGCAGUAUUACAAUGCGGACAGGAAAGGCAGCGUCGACCAC